UUACAGUUUACAGGCCAAUGUCUGUGUAAAUCAGGCUACCGUGGAAGGCACUGCGAUGAAUGUGAGGAAAAUUACUUUGGCAAUCCACAAACACAUUGUAUUUCAUGUAAGUGUAACCAGGAAGGAACACUCAACUCAUGUGACAAAGCCACUGGAGCCUGCAGCUGCCAUGCUGGCAUCACAGGGAGGUUCUGUGACCAGUGUGGUCGAGGCUUCAAGCAAGAAUUCCCCACAUGCCCUCGCUGUCAUCUUUGUUUUGAUCAGUGGGAUCAUGAAAUCACUGCCCUUUCUCAAGCUGUUCAAGGGUUAAUGAAAUUUGUUGCAAAUCUGGAAGAUGAGAAACAGACAAUGCCCAGCUGUGAUACACACUUUAAAAGCUUUGAAGUGAUGAUUUCUGAAAUAGGAAGAAUUUUAAAAAGUCCUGUUCUUUCACUGAAAAUGUUCUUAAACAUCAAGGAUUUCUAUGAUUACAUUCGGCAAAAAGUCACUCAAGUGGACCUGUAUCACAGUGUAAUGAAUCAAUUUCCUGACCUCAUUGGGAACAUAGAAGAUAUUUGGAAAGAAACUGACCAGCUAUAUGCAGUUCUGCAACAGAAAAUGCAUCUAUAUCACAGUUUUAAUUAUUUGAAUCUCAAAGAGUCUUUCACCAAUAUCAGAAAGUAUUACCAAACAUCAUCAUCUGCUGAAGAGAAAAUCAGUGAAAUAACUGCUUUGAUUAGGGACUCCAGAAACACCAGAGAUAAAGUACUUGCUAUGUUAGAUGAUCAGGCCUCAAAAAAGAUUUACAUGUUGGAACAACUCAACAUGAUCAAGACUCCAGAUAUCCAUAAAUUUAAUGAAAAGAUUUGUGGACUACCAGGAAACCUGCCAUGUGUUAUAGCAGAUUGCGGGGGAGCUUUAUGUCGAGAUAGUUAUGGAAACAGGCAGUGUGGUGGGCCAUCCUGUAGUGGAGCUCUUCCUCUCUCUACAAGUGCAGUCAAGAAAGCUGUGGAAACAGACAUGCUGUUAAAAAAAUUGGCUAGCUGGCUACAAGAACCUGAGAAGCAGAUUGGAAGCAUCAGAAAAAUAGCAGAAGACACCAAGUUGGAAAGCUCACAGUUAAAUGGGAAACUAGAGAAUGCUAAGAAUCACAUUGAAAUGGACAGAGAGAUCACAAAGGAAUUCAUCAGGAAAGUGAAAGACUUUUUGUUAGAUGAGAGUGCAUCUCCGGAAGACAUAGAAAAGGUUGCAAAUUAUGUUUUACACAUAAACCUCCCAAGGACUGCACAGCAGCUAGCAAAUACACUUGAGAAAAUUAGAAACCUCAUCACACACUGUGAGGACUAUGAAAUAAAUCUGGACAAACUAAAUAAACAAGUGGAGGAAGCUCAGACGCUCUUGGUGGAAGCUAAACAAGCAGAGGAAGCAGCUAAAGCUCUUCCUCCUUCUGAUGAAAUGCUAAAUAACUUGAAAAAGGCUAAAAACACUCAACAGCAAACUAAAGACACAGUCAGCAGGUUGAACGGAGACCUACAGGGAAUCGGAAUAAAAAUCUCCCAGGCUGAGAAUCAAGUAAACAACGGAAAUGAUGAACUGGAAGACUUGUCAGAAAAGGUGUCUCAGUUGGACAAUGAAAUUGCCACAUUACAGGCAAAUAUGGUGACUAACAAGAACCAAGCAGCAGAGGCCAAAGCAGAUGCAGAAAGGGCACAGGAAACAGCUCUGGACUCUGAUAAAGAAUUUGCCAACCUUAAAAGAAAAUAUACCAUUCUGCAAGAAAAGCUAAAAGGGAAGGGGCUUCCAAAGGAAACUUUAGGGAAAGUGAAGCAGCUGAAAGAAGCAGCAGAGAAACUAGCUGAAGAGACUGAAGAAAAAAUUAAAAGAAUAACAGAUUUGGAAAAGAAGCUCCAAGAUCUGAAUCAAUCUAGACAAGAUAAGGCUGAUCAACUAAAGCAACUAGAGGAUCAAGUAACAGCCAUUAAAAACGAAAUAAUGGAGCAAGAAAACAAAUAUGCUACAUGCAAAAGUUAGGACCUGAUAAAGUAUCAUGUCUUAAAUGCUGCUGGAAAUUUGUUGAUGCCUCAGUUUGUCUUUACCAUUUCUGAUCUUUUCAGCAUCAUAUGACUAUAUUCUUUCUGUGUGGUGCUUUAUAGAGAGAAACUAAUUUUCUGUUGAUUAUUAGUCCAAUUUAAUGUACACAAUGAUAGUUAAUGAACUUUCAGUAAAAUACUUGAUGAAGUAAGCAGGGUAUGGUUUUCAUGCUGGCUCAAAGCAAUGAGCCAUCCUGCUUCUCUUGCUGUAACAGGAACCACCAAAAAAAAGCUCAGCCAGUAACAGGCUCAGCAAAUCUACGUGAUCCUCAAGGACCAG